UCCAUUUGUUUCUGCAUACUACCAUUUUGAUUCAACCCGAAGAAUAUUACUCAACAGUCGAAGCUUAAGGAUUUUGAUUUCACUUCGCACAUUGUGACUUGUCUUUACUUUUUGUCAUCACGAUACUGAACAAACUUCCAAAGAAAAAAUUAAAAAUUGGAGACAAAAUGUCUCUGCGCCAAGCAGUGCAUCUACUGAAUCAACUGCAACUGGGUGAAAGCAUUGUGGGAUUCAUUGGGAAUGCUCUGGUAUGCUUGACAAUACUGAAAACCAAAGCACUGCACAAUGUCACCAACUACAUGCUUUUCAAUCUGGCUGUAGCAGAUUUCAUCGUUUCCAUUGAAGGUAUUCUGGAACAAAGUGUGGAAAAUCAUCGUCGGGGGAUAGGGAUUUUUGGUUACUGCACUCCCUCAUUCAUCUACAACUUCAACGUCUAUUUCAUCUUCUCAUACUUUCAGAAGGUAUCUUUUGCAAACUCUGUUUUUGCUCUGACUUUGGCCACGUUUGAGCGUUACAUCGGCAUCAUCAAGCCUCUGCAUUAUUUUACCUUCUUCACCAAACGACGACUGAUCAGCAUGCUUCUCUUCAUGUGGUUGGCUCCAUAUCUGACAGAGGCAUUCUCCCCAAUCUUCUACAUCACCGCUUAUGAAGCAGAUAACUGUACUGUACCAUCAGCUGAGAAGUAUCCAAUUACUCGGGCUACUGGUAUAGUGAGACUCUUCUUUGUCUUCAUAAUACCAUCCAUUGCUUUGGCUUACAUGUACGCCAGAAUCCUGAUCAAUCUGAAGCGAGGCGCUAGGCAUCUUGAGAACCAAGGCAUCCAGGGGCCACAGUCUCAAGAGCUGCACCAAGCCCACAAGAAAGUCACCAAAUCUCUUCUCCUGGUCAUCGCAGCUUUCUUCAUUCUCAUCCUACCAAGUCAAAUCCUGCGAAAUGUCAUCGUUUACCUGAACGUAUUUGACGGCGAUUAUUACGCUGCUGAGCUUGUCAGCAAUUUAAUCGCUUGUCUGUCAUCCAUGAAUUCUGCAAUCAACCCUAUCAUGUACGGUUUGAGCUACAGUCAAUUACGGCGCGCCUGUAUCGCCAUGUUGUGUCCGUUUGAUCGCUGCAAGCGAUCAAAUCAUGUUACUCAGGUUUCCAUCUGAGUGUUGUUUGCAACAUUUAAUGAAGUUUGCACAUGAGAAUGUGACAACCUUCACCUGUACAGGUAUGUACAUGAACACUGUUUCAGUUCUCAUGGUUCAAUGUAAAACUUGUACAAAUCCCCUUACCAUAAAAGAAAGACUUAUGAAUAUGUUGAACCUAUUUGUAUUAGUCCUUGUACCACCCAAAACUGCAGAGCAAACAAUGAUUUCAUGGAGUCUUUGGUGAAUAAAUGCAAUGAAAUACAGUGUAGGUCAUCGUUUAUAAGUUAAGU